ACGUGAAUCCGCGAAGUUGCUGCAUUCAGUUUUCUGUACCUACAGACUACAACAAUGCCUGAGCCGAAAGCCGCCCCUGCACCCAAGAAGGGCUCUAAGAAAGCCGUUUCCAAGAGCCAGGCGAAAGGAGGAAAAAAACGCAGAAAGGCCAGGAAAGAAAGCUAUUCCAUCUACGUGUACAAAGUGCUGAAACAAGUUCACCCCGACACUGGAAUUUCUUCUAAGGCGAUGGGGAUCAUGAAUUCGUUUGUGAACGAUAUCUUCGAGCGCAUCGCCGGUGAGGCUUCUCGUCUUGCGCAUUACAAUAAGCGAUCGACCAUUUCGUCCCGGGAGAUUCAAACUGCUGUGAGACUCCUGCUCCCAGGAGAGCUUGCCAAGCACGCCGUGUCCGAAGGUACCAAGGCAGUUACCAAGUACACCAGCACCAAGUAAAUAGAACUACUUGCUCGAAACCAACGGCUCUUUUCAGAGCCA